CUCAGGAGGGCGGCCCAGGCGCCACGUCACCUCGGGGCUGAGGGCGAGGCCUGCGCGCGGCGGAAAAGCGGCGCGGGCGGCCGUCAUGGCGGAGCUCUACGUCAAGCCGGGGAACCGGCAGCGCGGAUGGAACGACCCGCCCCAGUUCUCGUACGGGCUGCAGCAGCAACAGGCCGCGGCGGCUCCGCAGGGCGGCGGCGGAGCCAAGCGGGGGCCGCUCACGCGACGGGCGGCCGCGGCGGGAGAAGGACGGCCGCCACCGCCACCGCCUCACGGGCCAGUACCUGUUCCACCUACGCCACCAGCAUUUCCCCCCAAGUGUGCAGGGUUGCCCCGUUCUACUUCGCCGGACCCUUCUUUGAGGACAAAUGCCCUUGAGGUUGAAGAGGAGUGUGGUGUGGAGGAUGUUAUGUCCCCCUUGAAUGAGGCUUUGGACAACUGCAGGAAAUCUGUGCAGAAACAGGUUUGUGAUGAUAUCAGCAAGCGCUUGAUAAUGCUGCAGCAGAUGUGGGCACAAGGGAAACUCUCCGCUCCUGUGAGAAGGGGAAUGAGGAUUCUAACAGAAGAGCUCAAGUGUCAGCACUGGGAUGCAGCUGACGAGAUCCAUCGCUCACUGAUGGUGGACCAUAUCAAUGAAGUCAGCCAAUGGAUGGUAGGAGUCAAAAGACUUAUUGCAGAAACAAGGAAAUUACCCACAGCGGAUCUGGCCUUGGAGGAGCAAGAGAUUGGAACCUGGCUGGAGCCGGAACACCAAUGAGAUUAAGUUGAGCCCAGGGACUCCGCCAGCAGUAUAAUCCUGGGCCUCGUCUUGGAAGCAGCCUGGACCAGUUCCUUUGUAGCAGAGAAGCUGCUAUCUCCUGAGUCACGUGUUCUUUACUGCUGGCCUGUCUGGUCAGUUGGUAAGGAAAAGAACUCCAAGCGCUUUCUAGUAGAGGUAAAAAAAAUGACUAGUCCAACUAAGUCUGUGCUGCUUCCUUUUAGCAAGUACUUCAGAACUACCCUGCCCUCAUACAUUCUACAUUCCUCACACAGGUCUUUUGUUAUGGGUUCACUGGGCAGUGUGUUCCCAUCCACUUUAUGUUUUCAAGCGGUAGAGUCUACCAAAAAAGGGAGGUGUAAACAUUUCGAAAUUUAAGUAAAAUGUUUUAUGCCUUCAUUAAGGAAAAGCCUUGGUUUCUAUUGUUUCACAAACUCAUGAUUUAGAUUUUUUAAAAAUUGCACUGCUGCUAGAGAUGCUGCUAGAAAAAAAUACCUCCCCUUUACGGUUUUUUCAAUUAAAAAAGUGGAAAUUGACAUUGAAAAGAUCCAGUACCUGGAGUAUUGUGUGCAGUUCUGGAGGCCUCACUUGAUGUGGACAAAUUGGAACGGGCACAGAGGAGAGGAACCAGGAUGCUCAGGGGCCUAGAGACCAAGCCCUACGAGAAAAGUCUGAGGGACCUGGGAAUGUUCAGUUUGGAGAAGAGGUUGAGGGCAGACAUGAUUGCUCUCUUUAAGUGACUCGAAACAAAGGGUUUAUACUACAGCAGGGAAGGUACUGGCUGGACAUUAGGAAAAACUUCAUGUUAAGAGUAAUCCAGCAGUGGAAUCGGCUGCCUAGGGAUAUGGUAGGUUCCCCUUCAUUGGCAGUCUUCAAGGAGCAGCUGGACAAAUAUUUGUCAGGGAUGCACUGGGCAGGGGUUUGGACUACAUGGUCUGUAAGGCCGUUCCAACUGUGAUUCCAGUGCAUUGUUUUAAAAAAAGAACAAGGUUGUAGUCAGACUAAAUUUUUAAAUGGCAGAAUGGAACUUUCCCUCCUCCUAAUACAACCAACUGAUCUCCACAAACUGCUGUUCCUGGAGGAUGGGGGGCCCUGACAACUGUAAUGAGGGGGAUCUGCAGGAGUAAAGGGGAAUCAGCAAAAAUUGCCAAUUUCUUCUGGAUCCAACCCAAGGUUUUCACUCCAUGUGUGGUUUGCAAAUCUACAGGAUUAGAUGAUGACUCUUGUGUAUAAAUAUUGUACAAAUGUUAAUGAUACAUUUAUUGCUUACAUGGGACUUGUAUCCGCAAUUACUGUGCGACACGUGUAAUACAUUACUGAAUAGUUCA